AUGAACAUCCUCGAAGACGUGGAGGACUUCAGCUGGGCGCUCGACAUGCUGAAACGCAAGCUGAUCACGAGGUUCCAGACGGAGGUCAACGAGUACGAGCGUAUCGUGAACAAGUUUUCAAGGAAGAGCAUCCUCAAGCAGCUCGUAUUUCACCAGGACCUGGACAACGCGAGUGCCAACGCGAAGAAGACGAAGGAAAAUCUGCUUGAGCGCCUCACCACCGAAUGCUCUAUUGAGGCAAGUGCUACCUACCGGACUGGAGUUCCAAUCGAGGAACGAAACAAACGCUACAUGGAUUUCGUGGACUCUUCCGAGGCCAUAAAUGCUAUGAGCGAUCCCGAGAACCAGAAGGAGGUUCUCGCAAUUAUCGCUCGCAUGGGUCGUCGAAAUGAUGUCAUGAUGCAGAACUCCCUGGAAAGCAGGGAUUGCGUGGCCAGCGCUAUGAAGGAAAAACUGUGGGCGAGCUGGAGUCGAUCCACGCGAGCAGACAUCAGCAGUCUCCCAGACUGGUACAUGACGGAGGACGAAGUCGACAUCGACAUGUCCACUGCCAUUGGCUUUGUCAAGAUCUAUAACAAGAAGACAGUCGAAGCUAAAGAUAAGUUUUUCAGCACAAUGAAGCUGUGGGAGCGACGGAGCCGCUACGACAGUAUCUGCCGCUUCUAUGAUGCCUGCUAUUUCACAGCAACUUCCUUCGUCGUGAUGGAAUACUGCGAGAAGGGACCACUCGAUACGUUUCUCCGACGAGAUGGGGCCAACCGCUGCAAGAUCGGCCUUGACAUUCUCGCGCAGGCUGCUCAAGGGAUUGCGAAGAUGCAUUCGAUCGGCAUCGUCCAUGGAGAUUUGAAAACAUUCUCGUUUCGGACAACACUUGCGAUGAAGGAUCGGCGCCUCGUAAAUGGUACAGCUGCCGACGCGGGGAUUGAAAUCACGGAUGCGUUCGUUACUUGGUCCCGGAAUGUGCGAAGGGAAUAG